CUUAUCGAUAAAGUGAAGCUGGAGCUUCCUUUUAUUGUUCGACGUCACUUUCCUCGCAUGCUUCCUCCUAAGUACCAGGCUGGUACACAACAGCUUUAGCAGUUUCGGAUCGAUUUAUUCUUUGACUUUUCAACUUUUACCUUUGAAAAUAUAUCUCUAUGUUUCGUACUGCCAUCAAAAUGGCACCCACCUCUGCAUCUGACAUCCCCUCUCUGAAUCUUCUUUAUAAGCUUAACAAGCUAAAGGUCUCAGAGCUCGGCCCUCUCAAAGGCGCAUCCCCGGUGCAUAAUGAUCGCAUCGGCUUAUUCCAUGGCGACAUCACCACCUUAUCCGUCGAUGCCAUCGUAAAUGCUGCAAAUACUUCUCUGCUCGGUGGCGGUGGUGUUGAUGGAGCAAUCCACCGCGCUGCUGGACCAGGGUUGCUUGCUGAAUGUCGCACCUUAGGUGGUUGUCCCACCGGCUCAUCCAAGAUCACGAGCGGAUAUAAUCUUCCUUGUAACAAAGUCAUACACACUGUUGGUCCCAUCUACGACUAUACCCAGGCCACCGAAAGCGAAAAGGACCUGAGAAACUGCUAUCUAUCAAGUUUGGAGCUUGCUACACAGAACGGUGUGAAGACUAUCGCUUUUAGCGCUAUCAGCACUGGCGUCUACGACUACCCGAGCGAAGAUGCCGCUCACGUCGCUUGCGACACUGUGAGAAAGUACAUGGAUGGCGAUGAUACUAAAAGCCUGGAUAAAGUUAUAUUUGUGACUUUUGAGAAGAAAGACUAUAUGGCCUAUAGCAGCCUCCUUCCUCAUCACUUUCCCCCAUCUGUUCCAGCCUCGCAGGACCAAGAUAAUAUCACUAGGGGACAGGCGGUCGAGGCUGAAGUCAAGGCUAGCCAUUUGCCCAACGUACCUACGACAGAUCCAGCUGACUCCGGACACGUACCGAAGAAACGGAGCCAGGUUAGUGGAGAGUGACAUUUCUCGCCUGGAAUAAACAUGAAGUUACGACGAUACGAGAAAGAAUUAUGCGGCUGGUUAGGACAAUGGCGUUAUGGGAAUAGUAAAUGUGCAGUACGAACAAGUAGCCUGACACGUCGCAGCUCAUUUCACUGACGACAUGAUCAUGGUAGUCCGCCGAGUCUCAUCUCACUAUAAGGGACAUUUU